CUCAAGACAUCCAAUUGACUAUACACAGUCUAUCAGACGGUGUCAAUUGGGCAUUCGUAGGUUAGGAGAACAUACUUCGAUCUCAUACACAUUUCAAAUAUCUUGAUUGGUGGCAGUUAAUUGAUGCUGAUAGUUUUCGAGAUCCGGAUUUUCUUGCGAGUUGGGAAAAAUUUUCAGACCGAGUGUGAUAUCAAUUUAAUCCCUUGAUACUCAAGACUUUAAACUCUUCUAUUGGGGCCGUAUCAAAUCAAACAUUAUGGUUCAAGUGCUUUACGAAGAGGGUUUCGGCCAAAAGUUCUCGUUGAUGGGAAUCCCUGCCGCACCUGAAAAUAAUGAAGUACGAAAGUAUGAAGCGAAUAUUGCUCACCACCUUUGCUACCCUGACGAGCUUUCGGCUUGGCAACGAGUGGACUCUGAGCUGAGGAAUCUGGAAAGCGUACACCAUAGAUACUGGUGGGCUCGACAUACUGGAAAAUUUCUUGCCGUUCUCCUACACAACGCCAAAUAUCCUCGAGACACACAAUAUCGAGACUUGAAGUUCUUUGCACAAGUCGUGGCUCCGAAUCUUGGUGUCUCUAGAGAAUCACUAAGAGCAGAAACACUAUGGCCGAGCUUCAUGACCGAUGACGGCACUCCUAUCGAGCUGAGCUGGGACUGGGGCACGAAUGAUAGCCCACCGACCAUACGAUAUUCCGUAGAACCUAUCGGACUACACGCAGGCACUUUACACGAUCCCAAUAACUUAGCUGUUUUUUCGGACUUCCAAGAUCAAUUACUCCUCUCCCUACCAGGUAUUAGACUUGACUGGCUUCAUCAUUUCAGAGACUUCUUCAAUAGCGGCAACUAUGAAGCAUCGACGUUAGUGGAUGGUGGGAACGACCAUAAUUCCUCUAUCUUCUACGCGUUCGACUUAUCGAUAACGGAAAUCACAGGCAAAGCAUACUUCUUUUCAAAGAACAAAGCAAAAGCGUCCCGGCAAUCCAACCUAGAUGUGACUUUUGAAGCAAUUCAAACAGCUCCUUACGUCACGGGAGAAAACCUCAAGGCUGGUGCUAUCUUCCUCGACUUUUGCUCUUCUUCGGUCGGCAAUGGUUUGGAACAUGAGAUGAUGGCUAUCGAUCUGGUUGAUCCGCUAGAAUCUCGACUUAAACUCUAUUUCCGGUGUCGCGAGACAACCUUCAAUUCAGUUAUCGAUAUAAUGACACUCGGAGGUCGGAUUAAAAACACGAGCUUAGGCCAAGGACUCCAGGACCUACAUCGGCUCUGGAAAGCCCUCUUCGGAGCCGACGAUCGGCCAGAUCAACCGCUGGCUAAAGUCGACCACCGUACAGCUGGGAUACUAUACAACGUCGAGUUUAAGCUUGAAGACCGUUUCCCUGUCACCAAGAUUUACAUGCCCGUCCGACAUUACUCAAAGAAUGAUGAGGCAGUAAUGCAGGCUUUGAAACAAUAUUUCCAGUCUCUUCAAUUGGGUAGAUAUAUGGAUGAUUAUGUAACGGCUAUGGGCACACUCUUGUCUCCCAAGUCCAUGAGAGAAAAACCCGGAGUGCAAACAUAUGUUGGAUGUUCGCUCCGACCUGAUGGAACACUCAGGGUGGUCUCGUAUUUUAAGCCGCAGAUUUCGGAAUACUUGUUCAAUGACGAGGAAGUCUUGUAACUACAUGAUUUGUG